AUGCAGUUAUUUACUACUAGUAAAGGAGCCUGCGUUUUUGAGAAGGUUGAGGAGGUAUGGGAACGAUUUAUCUUUUAUAAUUAUCCAGGGCCAGUAGUUCUAGCUAGAGACUUUACUGCCGGAUUAGUGGUAUCUAUUGCUCGAUCAGCUGCCAAAAAGAAGGAGAAAGCGCUCAAAGCUAGGGAGAAUUAUACUAUAAAGGGCAAAGGGAGAGCAGACGAUUUUGGUGAUCCUAAUGGCGAUGAUUUUGAUAGUAUUGGAGGGAUUGGUGGGGAUCGCGGGGUUAACGCUGGAAGCCCUCAAUUCCAACCAUACGAGCCUGACUCUCAAAUAAUCAUCGCAGAUUAUAUUACUGACGUCGAGGAAUUGAUUCCACUAUCAAAUGGCCAUAUUAUGGUGCUCCAGCAUUAUCAAAAGCAUGCGGUUAAUGCGAUUAAGGCCAGACUAAUCAGAAAAGGCUACCCAAAAGCAUUACGUAAAGCUGCGCUAAACCUAAUAUGGAACUGGGUGAAAGCUCCUAAUAUCGAAGCUCUGGAAAUAGUAUGA